AUGGCUAGCCUACAAGAUAAUCAGUUCUUUUCAAAGCGCCGAGAGCGAGGCCUCGUUGUCGUCGAUGAACCUCCCAAGCUCGAUCUGGAUGCAUACAUAUCAAACUAUAAAGGUUUGUGCUCUCCAUACUCAAGAACAGCUUCGCAGCUUCUGAAAUCAAAUUUAGGUCGUACAAGAUAUGAACGACUUUAUCUGAUAGGAGUUUCUUCGACCUACCUGUGCCUCGAUGCACUGAAAGCUGCCAUCAAGGAAGUAAAGAAGAAUACCGAUGAAACUCGAAAAGGUGUCGAUGUCUCUCAGUAUGAGCAAGCUGUUGCCACGCUCUACGGGAUCGUACCCAGCGACCCAGAUGCAAUACUAGAUACGGCAUGGGUGGAAAGAAUGAAAAAGGUGUCAAAAGCCGAGACCGACAAGAUGGAAGUGGAGCUGAAAGGCUACAAGAACAACUUGAUCAAAGAGAGUAUACGUAUGGGAUAUCAAGAUCUUGGCAAACAAUAUCAAUAUAUUGGUGACCUCGCUAACGCCACUAAAUCUUUCAGCAAGAUGUACGAUUACAUGACUGCGAAUGGACAUGUGGUUUCAAUGUGCAUGUACCUUAUACAGGUCGCCAUCGAUCAGAGAAAUUGGACUGCGGUCACCAUGAACGCUCAAAGAAUCUGGUCAAAUGGCACGACGAAGUACGAAGAAGCGAAGAAACAGUCUGCGAAGCUAUCUUCUGCAUUAGGGCUCGCUGAACUCGCGGGAUCCAAUUACAAGAACGCUGCAGACCUUUUCCUUGACACCGACCCCCGCAUGACGCAAGCAAAACUAGACAAUUUUGUGGAUGAGGAGGCCUAUAACGAAGUCCUCACCCCCAACGACGUAGCAACGUACGGCGGUCUCUGUGCUCUCGCGUCUUUUAGCCGAUCAGAGCUACAAACCAAAGUCUUAGAACACAAAACCUUCCGCAACUACUUAGAACUUGAACCUCACCUACGCCGCGCCAUCACUUUCUUCAUCGCCUCCAAAUACGCCGCUUGCCUCUCAAUCCUCGAGGCCUGGAAGUCUGAUUACUUAUUAGACCUCUAUCUACAGAAUCACUACAUAAAUCUAGUGGAGAGAGUGCGAAGAAAAGCUAUCCAACAAUACUUCAUCCCCUUCUCUUGUGUAACGCUCAAAGCUCUGUCCGAGGCUUUCAAUACCGACGAAGCAACAAUCGAAGUAGAGCUUAUGCAAAUGAUAAAACGCGGAGAAUUAGAGGCUAGGAUCGAUCUCGUAGAUAGGUUACUUCUUGCGAACAAAGUAGAUAAGCGAGCAGAGGUGCACGAACGAGCGUUGAAGACAGCGAAGGAUUACGAGCGGACAGCACAUUUACGGAUUUUGAGGAUGGCUAUCGUGAACGCGGGAUUGGAGGUCAAGCCACCUAAAGACAAAGGUGUCUCAAAUGUGCAGGGCAUUAGCUCACAAGGGGAUGGAAUGUUCGGCGGUGCAGGAGCAGGGGAUCUGAUAGGUGGAGUUCCUCUGGGGAGGUGA